UGAAGUGUCUGAUUUGAACUUGAACGUUGCAGCUGUUUCCAGUGAGCUCUUGAUUCGUCAGAACUUUAGACGUGAAAUGAUGAAAUCGAGAAGCUUUUGGUGUUCUCUCAUAUUGCUUGGGGUUUUCCCGUCGGUCACGAGAGGAUGGAUGGAGUCGGAGAGGAGCAGAAGGCUGUAUUCGGAUGCAGGGAGGUUGCAUCAAGAGGAAUCCAGAAGGUCUGAAGUCACGGGAAGAAAAGUGCUUUAUGGGCAGGAUGGCCUGCACGCAUCGUGUGAGAAGAAAUACUGUGGCCGAGGGAGCAAGUGUGUGGUUAACAAGGAGACCGGCCAGCCGGAGUGCAGGUGUGUAGAAGACUGCAAGCCCAGCUACGUGCCAGUAUGUGGAUCUGAUGGCAAAUUUUAUGAAAAUCACUGUCAACUGCAUCGAGCCUCAUGUCUGCAGAGGAAGAAGAUCUACAUUAUCCACAGCAAGGACUGUUUCUUCAAAGGUGACGCAUGCACGAUGGCAGACUACAGCCGGCUUAAGAGCAUCCUUCUAGACCUUCAAGCUCAACGUCAGAGUCCUCCGAGCAGCCCUGCAGAGGACAGAGCAUCGCAGAAGCGCUCCUUAGUUGAAGAUAUGUUUAAGUACUUGGAUAUGAACAGUGAUGGGCAUCUCAGCAGCUCUGAACUGGCUCAGGUAAUGAAGAAAGAGGAUCUAGAGGAUGAUUUAUUGGAUUGUACGCUAGAAGACCUUCUCCGAUUCGAUGAUUACAACAACGAUGGCUACUUAACCCUGCAAGAGCUCUACACAGCCUUCCAGGUGGUUCGACUUAGCCUGCCAGAAGAGCAGAAGAUCAGCGUCACCACCGUAACGGUUGGUCUGAGCACCGUGCUGACGUGCAGCAUCCGGGGAGCGCUGCGGCCCCCCAUCAUCUGGAAGCGCAACGGAGUCGUCCUCAACUUCCUCGAUUUGGAAGACAUCAAUGAUUUUGGAGAAGACGAUUCCCUCUACAUCACCAAGGUAACAACUAUUCACAUGGGCAAUUACACCUGUCAUGCCUACGGCUAUGAAGAGCUGUAUCAGACCCACAUCCUUCAGGUGAAUGUGCCGCCGGUGAUCCGCGUGUACCCGGAAACGCAGGCGCAGGAGCCUGGCGUGUCGGCGAGCCUCAGGUGCCAUGCCGAAGGCAUCCCCAAUCCCCGAAUUACUUGGCUGAAGAACGGCAUUGAUAUCAUGCCAAAAUUAUCCAAACAGCUCGCGCUCCUAGCAAAUGGAAGCGAACUUCAUAUCAGUAGUGUUCGAUAUGAAGACACUGGUGCCUAUACCUGCAUUGCUAAAAACGAGGUUGGAGUGGAUGAGGACAUAUCUUCACUUUUCAUAGAAGACUCUGCAAGAAAGACCCUUGCAAACAUACUGUGGCGAGAGGAAGGCCUUAGUGUUGGGAACAUGUUCUAUGUCUUUUCUGACGAUGGGAUCACAGUCCUGCAGCCGAACGAAUGUGAAAUCCGAAGGCACGUCAGGCCGGAUGAGAGGAUUUUCACAAGUUACGAAGAGAUGUGUCCCAGAGUUGAAGGUGAAGGCGCUCAGUCCUGCCUCUGGGCUUCAGCGGUCAAUGUCAGAGACAAGUAUAUUUAUGUGGCACAGCCGAAGCAGAACAGAGUAAUGAUAAUUGAUGUCCAGACUCAGAAAGCCAUACAGUCUUUGGAUGUUGACCCAUUACCAACCAAAUUACAUUAUGACAAGUCACACGAUCAAGUCUGGGUGCUUAGCUGGGGUGAUAUGCAGAAGUCCUCGCCAGCACUGCAGGUAAUACCAGAGGCAAGUGCCGGGGAAGAUCAGCAUGUUAUCCGCACACCGUUUGAAGGAGUGGAUGAUUUUUUUAUACCACCCACAAAUCUUAUUAUUAAUCAUGUUAGGUUUGGCUUCAUCUUUAACAAGUCGAAAUCCGCAGUUCACAAGAUUGAUCUGGAAACUGUGACCCACAUCAAGACUAUCAACUUCAAAAACUCUAGCUGCAUACCGCAGACCAUGGCUUACAGUCCUGUACGCCUUGCCCGUUAG